UACUGAAAGCAAAGUUUCACAUACUUUUGCCACUGUCAGAUAUGUAAUAUUUGAUCAUUUUCUUCAAUAAAUAAAGGACCAAUUAUAAUGUUUUUAUCUGGGUUUAUAUGGGUUCUCUUUAUCUACUUCUAGGACUUGUGUAGUCAGAUGUUUCCGGUUGAGUGAACGCUGGUGUGUUUUUCCACCUCUGCUCUCUGGUUUUGGUGUUCAUUUUAAAAUUACUCUUUGGAACGACCUCCCGCAAAACCAUAUUUAGCAUUUUAUGGAUUCUGGAUUUUCCUUUGUGUGUUUUGGGGCACCAUGGACUGAUUUCCUGAUUUCCCAAUUGAAAAAAUCUUUGGCCUAACUGCAAGCCUGUGCUAUAUUGAAUGGUACAAUAGCCGGCAUUCUCGCCAGGAAUUUAUCACUUUCUCGCAUGCUGCUGGCUGAUACCUUUUAGAUGGGGUUGAAAUGAUGAUCCGUAUUUUGCUGUUUGAUCUGUUGGAGUUGUAUCAUUGUUUUUCCUCCCUGGCAGAUGAAUAUCUGCUGGUGGAUUUCAGGCUUAUGCCUUGAUAAUUUUCUGGACAUGGUGCUCAAAUACUCAGCCCUAGACCUAGCGUCUGAAUGUUUCUUCUCAUCUCCCUGUUGGAAUCUACAAUGAGUGUGCGGCCUUGGGAAUUUUACCUCAUCCACAGCAUGUUCAUCGAGGAUCACGUCGCAGUCAUCUCCAGUGGACAUCGGCUGUCUCCUCAGAAUCUCAUUACAUCCAAGCAGUCUGGUCCUCAUCUCGCCAGCUCCCGGCCCAUCCAGACCUCAACAUGGAUGCAGCAGAAUUUUUCAGGGUCCAAGAGGCCCUAUAUGAAAGGGAAAAUCCGAGGUGGGAGAAGAAGGGAAAAUUCUCCCUAAUUCAAGCCAACCAGGAGUGGCUCAACCUGAUGUACUCCAUCAUGGGGUAUGUCAAGGAGGAGACUUCCAAGCAGGCUAGAACCAUCUCCCACCCUCCCUCCCCCACUGUGGAUCUCGUCCAGCCUGCCGUGUCGACGGAGAACGUUGUUCAGCGUCCCUGCUCGUCUGAGGACACCGCUCAGCAUCUCUGUUCAGCUGAGGACACCACUCAGUCUCCUUGUUCAGCUGAAGACGUCGCUGCGCCUCCCUGCGCAGCCGAGGACGUCCCUGCACCUCCUUGCGCGGCCAAGAGCUCCGCUUUCUUCCCUGCUCCACGUCGGAUGUCAUUACGCCAGGCUCCACGUCGGACAUCGCUGCGCCUCCCUGCUCGGCUGAGGACGUCGCUGCGCCUCCCUGCUCGGCUGAGGACGUCGCUGCGCCUCACUGCUCGGCUGAGGACGUCGCUGCGCCUCCCUGCUCGGCUGAGGACGUCGCUGCGCCUCCCUGCUCGGCUGAGGAACUCUCUCCCCCCUCUGGCCUCGCAGAGAACUUCGCUCCCCCCUCUGGCCUCACGGAAAGCAUCGCUUCCCCCUCUAGCUCCAUGGUUAAAGUUGCUCCCCCCUUGGGGUCCGCCUUGAGCUUCAUUCCCUGUGCUGGCUGCAUGGUGGCUAUCGCUCCACGCCCAAGUCAGGCUGGGGAUAGUGUGUUCUCUCUCUGCAGUACGGAAGAGACCGUCCCACGUCCUUACCCCUGUGAACAUGCCAAGCAUCCUCUUUAUGGUCCCGUGAGAGAUGACAUUCAAGGGAACUCUGGAACACUUGGGGACCUCUGGUCUGGGUAUCCAGGACCCCCUCCCGGACUUAGUACACGUGUCGGGAGCCGCAUAAUAAAGAAAGGGGCUACCUUACAUUUGCUGAACACGGUCUCAAAACUGUGUCCCUUCCCCUGUGACUGAGCCCAGAUUCUUCUCCAUCAAAAAGUGCAAAUGCAAAGUACAUUCGCUGUCCUUAUGCUCUGGUCAUAUCAUGUCUCAUAACCUGAAACUCAUACAGACAUUUACGCACCUUGUUUUCCUGGUUCAGCAUGAGAGGAUGUUAGUGUUUUAGUUUCACUCCCCUAGGAAAAACUAACGUAUUAACUAACGUAAAGGGUUGAUUCGCGGGAGCAAAGGACACAUUACCGGUACUUGCCAAACAGUGCUGCUGGUGUUGUGCGCAUCAUUCCCGGUACCUAUUGCAUUUCAGCCCACAUUAAGAAAUGCUAACACUACUCAUAACAUGCUAACCCUAGCUAAUUAUUAACAGUAAUUCAUAUUAUAAUAAGUUGAAA